UCAAUUCCAUCUUCAUGUGUAAACUUUGUAACUUAUUUUCACCAAAUCAGUCGGAAUUACUGUCCCACGUCUCUGAGAAGCAUACAGAAGAGGGGACUGAUGUGGACGACAUCAUUAUUCCGCUCCAACCACUAGCAGCACCCACAAAUAUAAGCAAAAAUGGAGAAGAGCUUCUUGUGCAGAAGAGAAAAAGGGGCAGACCAAAAGGGUCUACAAAGAAAUUCUGUGCGGAUGAAGAAGUGGCAGAGAACAGUAAUUCUGCUCCGAGCGAGGAAGCUCAGCCUGGCUCGGAGGAAGGACCAGAACCGGCCGAAGUCUCCCCAGGCAGUUUGGAGUGCAAGAAGUGCAGUCGGAAGUUCUCAAACACGCGCCAGCUGAGGAAGCACAUCUGCAUCCUUGUUUUAAAUGAAGGAGAGGAAGAUGGAGAUGGAGGUAAUGAUUCUGACGUUGACCUUGACAGGAAGGAAGACGAGCGAGAAAAACCUGCAAAGAAGCCCAGAGUUCAGAAAGCAGAGAAAACUCUACCAACUAAGGAGGCUGAGCAGGUUUCAGGAGCUAAAAAUCCUAUUAUAAGUGUGGUUUUGACAGCCCAUGAAGCUAUUCCAGGAGCCACUAAAAUAGUCCCUGUUGAGGCUACUCCUCAAGAAAGUGAACCCAAAACUCCAGAGACAACAGUUCAAGACUCUUCACAACGGAGAGGGUAUCAAGAAUAUGCCAUUCAGCAAACCCCAUAUGAACAGGCCAUGAAAUCAAGCAGGUUAGGCCCAACUCAGCUGAAGAUCUUUACAUGCGAAUACUGUAACAAGGUGUUCAAAUUUAAACACUCCCUCCAAGCACACUUGAGGAUUCAUACAAACGAAAAGCCUUACAAGUGUUCUUACUGUAGCUACGCCAGUGCAAUCAAAGCCAACCUCAAUGUUCACAUGCGGAAACACACGGGGGAGAAGUUCAGCUGCGACUAUUGCACAUUCACUUGUCUCAGCAAAGGCCACCUCAAAGUCCACAUUGAAAGAGUUCACAAGAAAAUUAAGCAGCAUUGUCGCUUCUGCAAAAAAAAGUACUCGGAUGUGAAAAAUUUAAUCAAGCAUAUCAAGGAAACACAUGAUCUUCAAGACAAAAAAGUGAAAGAUGUUUUUGAUGAGCUUCGUUUGAUGACACGAGAGGGCAAGAGGCAGCUGCUUUAUGAUUGCCAUAUUUGUGAGCGCAAAUUCAAAAAUGAACUGGAUCGAGACCGCCACAUGCUUGUUCAUGGUGAUGAACGGCCCUUUGCCUGCGAGCUCUGUGGUCAUGGAGCCACUAAGUAUCAAGCUCUUGAACUUCAUGUUCGCAAACAUCCUUUUGUAUACGUGUGUUCUGUCUGCUUGAAGAAAUUUGUUAGUUCUGUGAGACUCCGUGCUCACAUCAGAGAUGCGCAUGUGGAUUUGCCAGAGAAUUCUGUUUUUAACAGUUCUAUCAAUCAGAGUUUCUGCUUGCUUGAGCCAGGAGGGGAUAUCCAGCCAGAAGCACUUGGUGAACAGCCAGCACAAAGUGCAGAUGAAUUGAGUAUCAUGAGUACUGAUGCUAUUAACAUACCCAAACCAUCUGCUUGUGAAUCAAAGGCUGCUGAGGUAAACUAUAAUGGUCAGCAUAAUGGUGACUUAAAAGGCAAUAUAGACCCUUCCUUAGAAACUGAAAAUUCUCUGGCAGAGAAUGUUGCAGAGCCACUAAGUCAGACAUCAACAGACACAGCAGCCCCAAGCACUCAGUCCUGUGUAACAUCGGAUUGCUCUGGGAUGAAAAAUGGUACCUCUGCUCCCAGUGAGUUAAAAGUUUCUUCUGAAAAUGAAGAAGUUGUUAAUCACUGCAGUUCUGUGAAUAUUCAGGGUGAGGAAAUCCAACUUUUGUUGUUGGAAGACAAAAAUGUAAAUCAAAAUCAGGACAGCACAAUCGCUGAGAACCUUUCUGAAGAGAAAAUACAAUCUCUUUCCCCUAAUGAAUCAGAAACAAAUAAGUCAUCAAAUCAAAAUUCAACAGAAGUCCCUCAACCUCUGCCAGCACCAGAUUCUGAUGCAGCCAGCAGUUCACAGACCGACUCUGCUAACCCAGUUUCAACAAAUAAUCAGAGUGGAGCUGUUGCCUUUAUGCAGAUCUUGGAGAGCUUGCAGAAGAGGCAAAUGAGCACAGAGUUGUGUGAGAGGAUAAGGAAGGUUUAUGGAGACUUGGAAUGUGAAUAUUGUGGCAAGUUGUUUUGGUACCAAGUGCAUUAUGACAUGCAUGUGCGUACACACACUCGAGAACAUUUGUAUUACUGCUCCCAGUGCAGUUAUUCCUCAAUCACCAAGAACUGCCUUAAGCGUCACGUCAUUCAGAAGCACAGCAGCAUUUUGCUGAAAUGUCCCACAGAACAUUGUGACUACUCUACUCCAGAUAAAUACAAGCUCCAGGCACAUCUUAAAGUUCACACUGAACUGGACAAAAAGAGUUAUUCCUGUCCUGUGUGUGAGAAGUCAUUUUCUGAAGAUAGACUUAUAAAAUCACACAUCAAGACAAAUCACCCUGAGGUUUCAAUGAGUACUAUUUCUGAGAUUCUUGGCAGAAGAGUUCAGCUGAAAGGACUGAUUGGAAAACGAGCUGUGAAAUGUCCUUACUGCGAUCUUUAUUUUAUGAAGAAUGGAUCAGACCUGCAACGACACAUUUGGGCUCAUGAAGGUGUCAAGCCCUUUAAAUGUUCUCUCUGCGAGUAUGCCACUCGCAGCAAGAGUAACUUGAAAGCCCAUAUGAAUCGUCACAGCACUGAGAAAACACACCUUUGUGAUAUGUGUGGGAAAAAGUUCAAAUCAAAAGGCACGUUGAAGAGCCAUAAACUCCUUCAUACUGCUGAUGGAAAGCAAUUUAAAUGUACAGUAUGUGAUUAUACAGCUGCACAAAAACCACAGCUCCUACGUCAUAUGGAACAACAUGUCUCUUUCAAGCCUUUCCGUUGUGCACACUGCCAUUAUUCUUGCAAUAUAUCUGGCUCCCUGAAGAGGCAUUAUAACAGAAAGCAUCCUAAUGAAGAGUAUGUAAAUGUAGGUUCUGGGGAACCUGCAGCAGAAGCACUUAUCCAACAAGGUGGCAUUAAGUGUCCUGUUUGCAGCUUUGUCUAUGGUACGAAAUGGGAGUUCAACAGACAUCUUAAGAACAAGCAUGGUCUGAAGCUUGUGGAACACGAUGGGGAGACAAAGUGGGAGUUAACUGCUGAAGUUUCUGAAGAAUCAUCCACUCAAUAUCUCCACAUCACAGAAGCUGGAGAAGAUGUUCAGGGCACUCAAGCUGCAGUAGCUGCUUUGCAGAACCUUAGAUACACUUCUGAGAAUGGUGAAAGACUUGACCCAACAGCUGUGAAUAUCCUGCAGCAAAUCAUUGAGUUGGGUGCAGAAACUCAUGAUGCCACCGCAGUUGCUUCUGUGGUUACCAUGGCACCCGGGACAGUAACGGUGGUAAAGCAGGUAAAAGAGGAGGAGCAAUCAGCCAAUCACACUCUGAUGAUUCAAGAGACUCUGCAGCAAGCAUCAGUGGAGCUGUCUGAGCAGCAUCACCUGGUAGUCUCAUCAGAUGAAGUGGAGGGAAUCGAGACAGUGACUGUCUACACGCAGGGAGGGGAGGCUUCAGAAUUUAUAGUUUAUGUGCAGGAAGCUAUGCAGCCUGUGGAAGAACAAACUGUGGAACAAUCUGUCCAGGAACUCUAGGAAACAGUAUUCAAAGGGGAUGGUUACUUGAUUUGUCAAAGCCAAAACUUCUAUUUCUUUUCAUAACACAG